CGCGAGGGGGCGGUGCAGCUGAACGUUGAGCUCGCUUGGGAACGUCACUACAUCGGCCGAGUUGCAUAGAUACUUCCGUGGCCGGGUGGCGGACUCGCUAUCGGGCAAUGAUUGAGUGGCACCGCGCGAACACGGCCCAAACUCGCGCAUCCGGCCCCGGCAGAGGUAAGCGGUGAGGGCGAAGGGUGGCCUUGAAGUCUAAUCCAGCUGAGCUUGUGCUGAGCACCGGGACGUAUCCAGCCACGCGCAAGUCGUGAGGCAGGCAACAGGUAACCAAACAUGAUGGUCGUCCAUUACGUAAUGCCCUACUUAAGCAGGGGAACGACAUGUCGGUGACCGUACCUUUCACUUUUCCUCCUUGUCCUGAACCACCAUCAUGUUCGGCAACAUCACGAUCGAGUGGGAUGCGCACUUCAACCCGGAUGGGACGCGCCGCAAAAACGGUCCCCCUCCAUCACAAAUGCACGGCUGGUUGGCGAAAUGGCGCGGAACCUUCAGCGGAAACGAGCACUUACGAAACGAGGGCCUGCGCGAGAUAGCCAAGGCAAAGGCGCGGAAGAAGAUGCUGAAGGAGCGCAAGCGCAAGAAUCAGGGCGGCCUCUUCACUCGGUGGUUUGGCAACCCGCCGAGCAAGCCGAGCCGCAAGUCGUCCACACACAAGCCUGCGCGGCGGCCCUCUGGCGCAACGGCGACCGUCGCAGGCAGCGCCCCCUCAGCGACGCCCCUCCCAGGCAGGGACGCCACAACGCCGGCCCUCGCAGGCCAGUCAUACACCUCAGCGGCGCGCGUCGCAGCCUACGCCGGUCAGGCAAGGCUCCGUGACCCGCCCCCGCGCCACCCCGCGUCGCUCGAACACGACGCCAACUGGGCACACCCCCGUCGCCCGCCCGGGCCAACGCAGUGGACAUCGCCCAAGCCAGUCGAGGCGGCCCACUCGCUGAUGUGCUGCCUCCGUGUAUGA